AUGGCGGCGGCGGCGGCGGUGGGCGCGGGCGCGGGCGCUGGGGGCCCGGGAGCGGCGGGCGGCGGCGGCGGCGGGGCGCGCGAGGGCGCUCGGGUGGCGGCGCUGUGCCUCCUGUGGUACGCGCUGAGCGCGGGCGGUAACGUGGUCAACAAGGUGAUCCUGAGCGCCUUCCCGUUCCCGGUGACCGUGUCGCUGUGCCACAUCCUGGCGCUGUGCGCGGGGCUCCCGCCGCUGCUGCGCGCCUGGCGCGUGCCCCCCGCGCCGCCCGUCUCGGGCCCCGGGCCCGGGCCCGGCCCACAUCCGUCCCCCGGCCCGCUGCUGCCGCCGCGCUUCUACCCGCGCUACGUGCUGCCGCUCGCCUUCGGCAAGUACUUCGCGUCCGUGUCAGCGCACGUCAGCAUUUGGAAGGUGCCAGUGUCCUACGCGCACACCGUCAAGGCCACCAUGCCCAUCUGGGUGGUUCUCCUGUCCCGGAUCAUCAUGAAGGAGAAGCAGAGCACCAAGGUAUACUUGUCACUCAUCCCCAUCAUCAGCGGCGUUCUGCUGGCCACCGUCACCGAGUUGUCAUUCGACAUGUGGGGGCUCAUCAGUGCCCUUGCUGCCACACUGUGCUUCUCGCUUCAGAAUAUUUUCUCCAAAAAGGUUUUGAGAGAUUCACGGAUCCACCAUCUCCGGUUGCUGAACAUCUUGGGCUGUCACGCUGUCUUCUUUAUGAUUCCCACGUGGGUUCUGGUGGACCUUUCAGCUUUCCUGGUCAGCAGUGACCUGACCUAUGUGUCCCAGUGGCCCUGGACGCUCCUGCUCCUGGCUGUCAGUGGCUUCUGUAACUUUGCCCAGAAUGUCAUCGCCUUCAGCAUCCUCAACCUCAUCAGCCCUCUGAGCUACUCUGUCGCCAAUGCCACCAAGAGAAUCAUGGUCAUCACAGUGUCCCUGAUCAUGCUGCAAAACCCAGUCACCAGCACCAACGUCCUGGGCAUGAUGACAGCCAUCCUGGGGGUCUUUCUAUACAACAAAACCAAGUACGAUGCCAAUCAGCAAGCCCGGAAGCACCUCCUCCCUGUCACAACAGGGGACCUGAGCAGUAAGGAUCAUCAUCGGAACCCCCUGGAAAAACCCCACAAUGGCAUCCUCUUCCCCCAGCAUGGGGACUAUCAGUAUGGCCGCAACAACAUCUUAACAGACCACUUCCAGUACAGCCGGCAGAGCUACCCAAACUCCUACAGUUUGAACCGUUAUGACGUGUAGAGUCUAGAGGGCAGGGCGGUACCAUUGUGUGACUCCUCCCCCCACUCCCUAGCAGUACCAGAAACUUCUGACAACCAGUGAAUGUACAACCCAGCCGAGGGGACGGUGCAUAACCAUCAGCAGACCCUGGGCUUCCCUGCCCCCUGGGGGUAGCAGGACGCUGCCCUGCAGGAAGGACCACUGCCCUCAAGCUCGUGUUCCAGGCCCUUUCUUCCUGGAGUCUAUCAUCUGAGGGCUGUGUUGGUAUGGAGAUCUUAGCCAGGUUUUUAACCUUUCUUUGUGGAUUUAUUCCCCGAGUCAUGUAUUUGAGAGUUCUUGUUCUGCUUUCCAUAUAGUAUUUCCAAAUAACUCUCCGGAAGGGCGAGAUCGCUGUGGAUACAGACCUCCAAGCAGGCAAGAGGGUUUCCUGGGGGCCAAGGAAAGGAUGUAAGGAAAGGUGCUUGAGAGCGACAAACUAGCCACUUCCAUUCUGCUGCUCAGAUAGGUGAAGGGCUAAGGCAGGCAUGGAGCAGAGGAGCGCCAGAGUUUAUUAAAAGCAUCUCCAGAAACAAAGACCCAGUUUCCGGUCUACCCCAUAGCUGUUUGCAGCUACUGGCAAAUGUCCCAAAGAGAAAAAAAGCUGCAAUUAAGCCUUGAAUACCUGAAGCCGAAUUCUUUGACCUGCACAUCAGAGCCAGUGUUGUGUCCAGAUCCAGAGGGAGGGCAGCUGCGUCUCCUGUGCACUCGCUUCCCUUGCCAGAGCAGGGUAUCUCUCCUCUCUGGGGAUAGCGAGGAGGAAGUGACUGCAGGGCUGUCAGAAGGAGCAUUAGGAAAUCAUGUCAGUGUUUCAAACUCUAUUUCUGUAAUACUUGUUUUGUCUUUUCUGAUGAGUCUUCCACCACUGCUGUGAGGACUUAGUAGGAUAUUUGGUGGGGAGAUGUUAAUUUCAUGAGGAUCUUGCAUUUUUCUAGGGAAUAUUUUGUAGUUGUGUAUAUUUAUGCCUUGGUUCCCUGUUGGGGGAGGGGGGACGCAUGAGGGAGGACUGGCUUAUGGACUGAAAACCCUUUUGUUCUUAAAUGUUUAAAAACAAGAAAAGCUCCUACUGGCGAUGCCUGUCUUGAUACAUUUCAGCAUUAGUAGGAGGUGACGAAGUGUUUACAAGCUCCUCUCUAAUGGCCCUAGCUGCUGAAAGCGGAAUGAAUCAAGAACAUCAUCUCAGUAGUUUGUGUAAUAGACAAGACCACGGCACUUUGAUUCCAUGCCCUGAUCUGGCAGUGUUUGCAUUAGGAUCUGAAUCAUGUCCUGGUGAAGGGGAGAAGGGGCAAGCACCAAGCUACGAUUUGGGUUUGGCUAAAUCACAGAUCAGGAAAAUGAUAUGGCCCCAGCAGAUAGCUUGUGUGCCGAGGUUCAGGUGAGGCUCUCCGUCUUUCCCAGCAUCACAAGAGGACCCUGCCCUCAGAGAAGACCUCUGGCUUGGCUGGUGGGUCUUUGGUGAUGUCUGCCUUCCUCCUUCAGCACUGUGCCUAACUCGUCGAAUAGGCACCUGGGAGCAAGCAGCAGAUGGGAUAGAGGGUCACCCUUUACCUCCUGGGGAGAGACAUCUUCCUGUCAGAGGAGGUAUCAUAGCAUAUGAUUGACUCUUGGUUUGGUUAUUUUGUCAGCUUAUGAACAGGCUGUUCCUGGAGAGGUCACCUGGUCCCCUUCUGGCUUGAGUUUAGGCACCACUGGCCUCAGGUCCCGUGUUGUUCGUUUGCUUUAUUAUUAUUUUGGCCCCAAGUUUUGAGACAGCUGCUGUGUAAAACUGGAAGGAGAAAUCCUGAAGGUAUUUGAAAAGAGCUUGCUGAGUGCUUCCACCAGAGGCACUACGGUCUAUAGCUGAACUUUUCUCACUGGGGAAUAUAGCAACAAAUGGGGAGAAUUUUGCAGCACAAAGAUAUUAUAGUGGUUGUCUUUAUGAUGAAAAUAACAGACUCCUUGAACAGAUAACCAAACUCCAAAAAUCAACUACACGUCUUUUCAGGUUUAAUGAAAUUUCUGAUGUUGCUAAAAUUUGUAUAUUCAUUUGUUUUCCUUUUCCCAUGCAAGAUCUGCUAGUGAGGGGAAAUGACUCGUUUUAUUACGGUUUAUAAAUUAAUAAAUGGGGUAUUUAAUUCUGUACGUAAAUCUACAGCCAAGUACAUACACUGGAAUGAAUGAGACAAUCAUAUUAGACCAAAUCAUCAGAUCAAAAAACAAAGACAUACUUUUUGAGACUUGAAGGUUCAGAGCUGACACUGACCUCCUGAAGGCCAGCUUUCCAGCCACUUUGGCCCUGGCCCACCAACCCCACCCUACUCCCACAUGCACAUUCGCAGCUCUGUUCCCCUCACCCUCCUCCCUGCUGGGGUUUGUGGUAGCAAAUUUGUCUACCCAUCCAUGGUAUGGUCUUGCCUGAGACACUAACUAAACCCAACUCCUUCAUUUUACAGAAGGGGAAGCUGAGGAUCAGAGGGCAUUUUUGAAUAGUGUUCAUUCACUAUUUUGAGACUCGGUGUGGACUUUUUGAGCACCUUAUUUUAAGUCAUUCGUUUUAGGGAAAUCAAACCCUUUUUACAAAGGAGAGAAGCCAAAUAUGUUGAAGUGAAGAAGCCCUUGGGAUUUCUGAAUUUUGCUGUGUAUUUGGCAUAUACCAUAGAACAGGCCCUUUAUUAUUGCUGGGACAUAACCAGACCUGGAUACCUUAAGGCCUCACAGCCUUAAAGGGAUAAAAUUAAAUUAUUAAAGGAACUGAAGAUUUUGAAUUCUUUUUUCAGUUGUCACCUGUUUUCAAGACUUAAGUGCUAUAAACUUCUGUGGGAAUGAUACUGUGUCUAUAUUCAUUGAUGGCAUUUACCAAAAAUAAAAGAUGGUCUCCAGGGAA